GCAUUGUGACGGAGGAAAAGUUUCUGGAAGUAAACUAAUGGUUGUGGAGAGGAAAAGCCCACCCCUUAACGUGAGACGAUACACUGAUUGGCUGAUUUACGGAGAGUGACAGUUUUGUGUCCAAUCAGCUUUAAGAUAUUGGCGGUUGUUUGAUGAGCGGCGGUGUGCUGGGAUGUGAUUCGAUGUCAGCAACCCAGAACACGCCAGUCAGGGCUGGAGCCUCCGCCGUGCCCUAUGGGCACAUCAUUGGGAGCGAAAAAUGGAGAGGAACUGAACUGGCACAAUUGUUACAAGGGAAGGUAAAGCUGGUGUUUGAAGAUGGCUUAGGACUAGUAGACUUUCAUCUGUCGAAUCGAGCCUGUGUCCUGUAUAUAUCAGAGAGUGAUCUGGUUUCAGGAAAUGCUUUUAAAAGAAGACUUGUCCGUUUCCGUAAGGCAUGCAACUUGAAGGGCAUUGUUCUAGUCGAGAGGACACGGCUCAGUGACCAGUACUUUCCUCCUGUGCAGAACUUUGUAGUGCUAGAACUCGGCAUGGCAUUACUCCCUGUUACCAGUCAGAGUGAAGCAGCUCAGCUUAUAUUUCAUUUAGUACAGGAGCGAAGCCGAGAAGGGGGCAGCAACCCUUUCAUUGGAAAGAAGCGCUGCCAUCUUUCUGAAGCCAGUAUUCUACAGACUGUACAGAAGAUACCAGGGGUGGGACAGGUGAAGGGUCUUCAGCUUCUUCAGUAUUUUCCCAGCAUCCAGCAACUCUCCAACGCCUCUCUCACAGACUUGGAGGCCGUGGUGGGAAGAGGAAUCGCCAACAACAUCUAUUCUUUCUUUACACAAAACUGAUGCAGCCAUUGCAGCACACAAUCUUCUUCUUUCUGUAUAAAGAACUCAAGCUGGAACAAUAUCUGCAUACGAAGGGAAAAACUUCCAAGUCUUUAUUGGAUCUGCACUGAACGCAGCACCUCUACCUUUGCUGUAUUGCAGUUAACAGUGCUGUGGUUCAUAGUGUAUUUGUUCCUAGCAUUGUGAAUGCAAUGGUAUCUGCACCAGUCUGUCUCCUGGCCUUUACUGAAGUUCAUGCUAAGGCCAGGGGUAACACUUUCCUAAGGCUGCUUUUCACACUAUAAAAUUCAUCCGUUUUAAAGAUCUGUUUAAUGUUCCU